GUCAAAACGUUCAUGGCGGACCAUUGGUUGGGACCCAAACAUUGAGCACGUUUGAUUUUACAUAAUUUCGUAUUAGUCCACUCCAGAGUCACAUGCUAUCAGUUGUUGCGUGCUAGACGCAAUCAUCGCCCCGCAAUGUCCACGGUGGAGUCGGACUGCUUCACGAUCGGGAGUAUAGUGGCCACUAAAACAUGUUACAACGAAGAGAUUGAAGGCGAAGUGUUGGCUUUCGAUCCUCAAACUAAAAUGCUGAUACUGAAGUGUCCGUCUUCCAGCGGGAACCCGAAACGCCACGACGUGAAUAUCGUGAACCUGUCUCUGGUAAGCGACGUGCAAAUCAAGAAAGAGGUGACUUCGACCCCGGACCCGCCACAAUCUCUAAACCUGAACAGGCUUAACACUAGGGUCAGAAAUUCAAUUGAAAAUAAGCGGAGAUUAGUGUCAGCGCUAUCAGCAUGCUUGGACCCGGAGGGCCAGCGGUUGUUCCUGGCGAUCGCGCGGCUCAUCGAUGACGUCACCUGGGUCGGCCAGAACAUCCGGGUGUACAAUGAGGUCACCAUCACACCCCCUUAUAAGGUAGAAAACGUUAUAGGCGAGCCGGACUCCAAACCGUAUAACUACAUAAGGAAAUUCGUCGAGAAGCAUUGGCGCGAGCCCAGAGACCACGCCGCGGCCAACUCCAGCCAGCAUCAGUAGAUAUCGUUGGGAUAUGUCUCUGGUAAAGCCACACUCGAUCAGAGAUGCCUAAAGUCCGGUCGCCGAGCAGAUAGUAUUUCGUCCAAUGACCCCCAAGCUACCCAUCCUUAUCGCUCGCACGUAAUUAUAUUGCUGUCGCGAUUGCGACGGGCAGCCGCAGCGAGUGUGCGAGCGAUAAGGAUGGGUAGCUUGGGGGUCAUUGGACGAAAGUCUAUCUGCUCGGCGACCGGAUUUUAGUCCGAUUUUUAUUAGUGCUGGGUUGCUAUAAUAAAUCCUAAUC